GGACGUGGCUAAAAACCAAAACAGUGCAGCAGCAGAAACAGGAGAAGCUCCAGAGAUGUGGAGUCAGUGUGGUUCGGGCAGGAGAGCUCCGGAGAUUACUCACACAUCAUCUGUUAUGCUUUAGUGUUGCUGUGUGUUCCAUGGUGCUAUUAUCGCACUGACACGGUUAAUCUUCAUCAUCAUCUUCAUCAUCAUCUCUGACUAACACACAGACAUGGAGUCUUCUCUGGAGUUCAGCAGCUCUCUGACCAGCUCCACACUGCCUCCUCCACGCACCAGGAUCUUUAAGAUCAUAGUGAUUGGAGACUCUGGGGUGGGAAAGACCUGCCUCACCUACCGCUUCUGUGCAGGAAGGUUCCCGGACAAAACAGAGGCCACCAUCGGGGUGGACUUCCGGGAGAAGGUGAUAGAGAUUGAUGGAGAAAAAAUCAAGGUCCAGUUGUGGGACACAGCUGGUCAGGAGCGUUUCCGUAAGAGCAUGGUGCAGCACUACUACAGAAACGUGCAUGCCGUGGUGUUUGUGUAUGACGUGACGAGUGCGGCAAGUUUCCGCAGCCUCCCAGCAUGGAUCGAGGAGUGCCGGCAGUACGCGCUCGGCCAUGAGGUGCCCCGGAUCCUGGUGGGCAACAAAUGCGACCUGCGCCACGCCAUUCAGGUGAGCACCGAGGUGGCCCAGCAGUUCGCUGAUGCCCACUCCAUGCCUCUGUUCGAGACGUCUGCUAAGAGUCCACAGGGAGAGAGCAACGACAGCGACCACGUGGAGGCCAUCUUCAUGACGGUGGCACACAAGCUGAAGUCACAGAAGCCGCUGGUGCUUAGUCAGCCGGCCAACACGGUCACACUGAGUGGGCAGGGCCAGGAGGAGGAGUCACGCGGAAGCUGGGCGUGCACCUGCUGGAGGGGCUAUUGAGGGACAUAGGGGCUUGGCUAAAUCACUCAAUAUACUAGACGACUUAAAGGGAAGUAGAGUCAAAUGUUUAAAGGAUACGAAAUCUCCAAAGUAUCCGUGAAGGUCAGAGGUUGCCAAACAAACGGCUUGGUUAAGACAUGGGAUUAGAGGCUGAUUAACUGCAUCCUAGGCGUGAUUGCGAUGCUAACUUCUGUGAACUGAACCCUACACGUCUUCUGUGCUCCAUGGAAAAUCCUUAACUCGAGGAUGAAUCUCAAUUUCAGAUCAACAUCCAGACUUGAGUUCUACCUUUUAAUGAAAGACGGCAUAAAAAAAACUACUCGGCUUAUUAGACUUUAACUGAUUAACCGACACAAGCAUGCAAACUCAAUACCUUGAAAAUUAGACUAAGCUAAACAGAUAAACACUAUCAGAAGAAGAAGUAGGUGUUUGCCAGUAUUUAUUAUUUUUUUGGUCUUUGUACUGUAAUCCUUGAGAUCGCUGCACUAGGAAAAUAAUAAAAUACGCUACUGCAAUACGCAAACGUAAAAAUCUGACCGUUCAUCACAGGUCGCGUUCGAGUUUUUUUGUGGCUGGCACUCGUUAUUAAGCUAAGAGCACUUUGUUCCGUGUUACUGUACCGUGUAUGUAAUGACCAGAAAUGAGUUUGGCUUUCGCUGUUUUUUUUUUGCUUGGGGAAAGAAAAAAAAGAAAAAAAAAGAAAAACAACAGUUGCCUCCAAUAGUCGUAUCAUCGUGACGCCUAAAACUGAAAGUAUUGCCAAGUGUAGAAGCUGUGCAGUAGAUCUCUAGAUUAAAUAAUCGAUCUCGUUAAUUAUGGACCAUAAUAAUAGUUAUGAUAAUAACAAUAAUUUGGGAUUUUUAUUAAGAAUAAAAAACAGGAUUUUUAGUGAGCCCUCGUGAGAAAUAGCAGCUACAUUGUUGGUGCCCUGUGAGAAUAAACACAUCGCCGUUUACGAUAUAAUCACCAUAUUUAAUAAAAUCCCAUCUCACUGGUCAGCAUUUCGCUUGUAACAAUCCUAUGUGGCUUAUUCAUAGGGCUGAAAAUGCAAACAUAAAUAAAAAAGCUAUGCUGCUUUCGCAUUGGGACGACAAAAUAAAACGCCUCACUGCUAAGUCGCUUCUUCCGUUCGCAAAGUUUCGUUACUGUCACGUACAGAAAUUCUGAUUCCCAGUCGGCUGGCGUCUGAACGUUAAUAACGAUCCGUGUAAUUAAUGUAAUCGAUGCUCCCGAUCCUAAUGUUGUGUUAAAACAGGUUUUCAUUGCUACACCUCACUCUUGUGGUAUUCGCCAUGAUGGAAUAUUUUCUAGCUGUAACACGAUGUUGACGUUCCUCAGCGUGGAUGUUAGGUCAGGAGCUGAUGCUAAGUUUAGUUAGACUGCCUUUUUUUUUUUAACGCCACGAGGUCCUUGAGACGCUCAGUUUGUCCGUACAGUCUGCCAUGAUUCUUUUUAGCGUGAUGUAUACAAAGAAAUACUUAGACUUAGAGUUAGAUUCAAGGUCAAUGCAAGGUCAAGGACAAACAUCGAAGACUUCUCGGAACCGAAGCGUCUCUACCGAGUUCUCCAUGUUUCUGCAUGUAGUUUACCGGCACAUCUACCAGAAGCCGUUCUUGACCAUGAUUCGGCUUCCUAUAAAUACAUUGAAAUAUAUGAUUCGUAGCUAGCUAAUACUCGCUAGGUCACGUUUAUCGUCCGUAUUCCCAUAUUCUUUAGCCUUUAACCUGUUUGCUUUCCUAAAGUAUGCAUUCUUGAAUAAGAUUUAAGCCUAAACGCUAUAUAACAUAAAAAUACGGACGCCAACCGUAAACCUGCGAACGAUCUCGCUCGCGUUAACGUCUUUAACGCAAAAGGCCACGAGAGACAUCAACCUGUCAUUGAAAUUGCUGCUAAAAUCACCAAGAAGAGACACGGACAACAUUUUAUGAUGUAAUUAUAAUUCGUAUAAACUGCUAUACUGCCGUAUUUCUAACAAAAAACAAACAAACAAAACCACGACGUACCACGAGCCUUCGGAAAGACGUAGAGACGUCACAGGUACCACAAAAGUGAGCCGUUUGAUAUCAAAUACAAAAUAAAAUAAUAAAAAGGUUUAUAAUAAUAAUAAUAAUAAUAAUAAUAAUAAUAAUAAUAAUAAUUGAAACACACGGUGACGCCUAUCAUAAUUAACGAUUAACACCGGGUCUGUAUUUCACACAUGGAAGAAACGACCCCUCAGAUGUAACCAUGGCAACAAACGUAAACAUUAAGCGUCAGGACAAAAAUGCUAGCGAGAGUAAAUGAAAUAAAAUGACAGCUAGCCCUAGUUAUUUUCAUAUCAUUCAGUUACGAGUAAGUAAAUACAUAUAUACAAACGUGUGUGUGUGUGUGUGUGUUUUUUUAAAGAACUAAUAAAAACAAAGCAAAGCUAAACAACGUGUAAAGACUCGACUUUUAGGCACGUGGCUGACCUGUAGCCUGUAAAGUGUGGCGUACUGUAGGACUCGAGUGUGUGUAACGCACAGGGUCUGUGUGCAUGGCGUGAUCAUAUUACUAGAGCUGCUGGAUAAAGUAUCAGCGUCUCACUCAGCCUGCAAUCUUUCAGGAUGACUAAGACAGCAAAUGUGUGUGUGUACUGUAUGUGUGAGUGUGUGCGCGUGUGUAUGUGUGUGUGCAGAGUGUGUGCGUGCGUGCAUGUGUGUGCGUGCAUGUGUAUGAGUGCGUGUAUGAGUGCGUGUGUGUGUGCGUGUGUGUGUGCGUGUGUAUGUGUUAACACGCAAACGUUUUCCAGAUUUGAGUCGUUGCUGUUAUUUGUUUCUUUAUAUUUUUGCUUUCGUACUCGCAUUUUCCUCUCAGCGCAUUUCUGAAUAGCUGUCGGUGCCACAGCAGGUCCUGUGGUGCGCACUUCAGAAAAUCCUCAGGCGUGGAUUAUUAUUAUUUUUUAAAUAAACUUGGAUAAUUCUUUGGUCUCGAGUGCUGUCGUGCUCUGCUGCGAGUGAACAGCGACGUCUUUCUGACCGCCUCGAACGUCCACACGUUUGUUUUUGUGUCGCAAUUAAAUAAAGCGUGUGUUCGACGGAGGCGCAUUAAUGCGUUCACGGCGCGUACCGUCGAGAGCGCAAGCUUGCACACACUUUAUGGGACUUUUGUUUUAUUGUGUGUCUACAAACGAUACAGAAUUCCAGACUCGCCAAGCUAUAUGCGUCUGCAUUUUAACACCAGAGUCAUCUAAUAAGAGAUAUCACUCGGAAAUGCGUUAAAACGCCAAUAUUAAUCAAUCCGUAUGUGGAAGGAAUGAUUGACGGCGGUGUUGGUGUUUUAACUCACCGAUAUUAACACCUACGGUCUUCAGUCAAACAAACAGUGCUUUUGUUUUUCAGGAAAUGAGAGAAGAAAAUCAGAUGGUUUGGACACAAAUUUGUCAGAAUGGCUUACAGUAAAGUGUCAGGGCUGACACUGGUAAUGAUAAUCAAGAAAGAUCUUCAAUCUUUUAAACAUCAGAUCAACAAUAAAAACGGCAGCCGUAUGAAAUUGUGUUAGUUGAAAAUGAUAAAGAAUGUCAAAGAAAACAGGUAAAGGCGAAGUGUAAGGAAGUCUCAUGGGGGCCAAAAUUUACACCCGAGAGCAUCAAAAAGCUGAAAUCUCGAGCCAUAGGAGUUAAAAACUUAAUCUUUAAGACACUUUUAGACUGAUAUUUAGAUUUGUUUCACUAUUAUUAUUAUAAAAUAUAUUAAUAUUCUACUCUAACUCUAACCUAAUUCUCUUAAGUUUAAUUUAAUGGUGUGCAAACUUUUGGACUCUUUUGACUUUUGAAGACGAUCUUUAAGCUACGGUGCUUCGGACAGACUGGGUUGUGUGUCUGCGAUUCACGAGUUUGCUUUAAGUUUUGCCAAAAGUGGUUGAUUUUGUUUAUUGUUUUCCUUUAAUAUCAGUUUUUACUGUGGUAAAGGAAAUCAGGCCUCUCGCAUCCUCUGGGAUGAUUCUGUUUCUCAGGAUGUUUAGAACAGAUUUAUGUUUCAUCCUCAGUAAUGUUUUCUGACUAGCUGAAAGCUUCGCCAACAAUCGGGAAAAUGGGUCCGUCGCAUCCUCGGCUCGUGUCUGAUUUCUGCCACAGGACAAACCGAGAGUGUGAAGUCUAAAGUCUGAUUAUUGUGUUGCAAACUUUGUGUUUCAAGGAACGAUGCUUGAAUUGUAUUUUUUUUUUUUUAAAGAUGGAAUAAAAUGCUACUAAUUUCA